AGGCCCAAGGAAGCGGCCAUUGAAGCGCCACGAAUUCUCUCCUCUCUUCAAAUGAGAGAGCCGGAGAUUCUUUGUUCUUCCAAUUCCCAUUCCGUAUACCGACACAGGCACAGGCUCAGGCUCAUAUCCGUAUCAAUCUCUGAUCAGUUGAGAUUUUCCGAAGAUUCCUGGAUUCGUCAAUGGCGGAUCACUACCAGGUCUUAGGCGUGAAGAGAAACGCCACCAAGGAAGAGAUCAAGACGGCGUUUCGGAGAUUGGCGGUGAAGUAUCACCCGGACAAGCACACGCGGUCGCCGGAGCACGUUCGAAGAAACGCCAUGUCCCGUUUCAAGCUGGUCUCCGAGGCCUACGACGUCCUCAACGACGAUCUCAAACGCGCGUCCUACAACGCCGCUAACGAUUCCGAUUUCCUCCGCCGCACCGGCUCUUCCUACAGAAACCCGUACGGGAAUUAUGGCGGCGGAGCGAAUGGUUCUUCUGGCUAUGGAUAUGGUUACUCUGCGAGUAAUCAUCAUCGUCACGGCUCCAGCUUCAGUAGCGCCUUUGAGUCGUUCUUUCAUUACAUGAGAACACGGGCGUUUCUCCUCAAUCUUGCUUUUGCUGGUGGAUUAUAUUGUGCGUUUUUAGCGAUCGAAACAAGCGGAGAAACUCUAUGGAGAAUGCGUAACUCGGGGAAAUCAUUUGAAGAAGCGAUGGAAGCCAUGGAGAAAACAAAGGCACACAAGGAUGAAGGGUGAGACAGCAGAUG